AAAGCAAAUAAUAUAUUAUAACUUUUUUUUAAAAAAAAAUGAAAUAUAAAGAUGAAGUAGAAGAAAGUGAUAAUGAAGAAGAGUAAGAACAACAAAUACAAUAGCAAAUAAAAAGUUGUCCAUAUUGCGGGUCAAGAAGUGAAUCAAUAUAUUAAAAAGAAGCAUCAAUACCAACAUAUGUAAUAUCAAUAGCAGCAGUUUUUUUUUUUUAGUUUUGGUCUAUUUUCAUAAUUCCAAUAAUAAUAUAAUCAACAUAAAUGAUAGCUAAAAGAUGUUAUGACUGUGAUCAAAUAAUAUAAAAACAUAAUUUAUUUAGUAUACCAUCUUUAAGUGAUUAGGUUUUGAAUUUCAGAUUUGGUUCAUGUGCAGUAAUUUUAUCUAGGAAAUAUGCAUAUAUAAUUCUUACUUUAUUAAUAAUUAUAUUUACUUACAGAUAAUAUGCAUUUGGAUUAAAUAAUAUAGAACAGAAUGCUUCUAAUUUACCUUAAAACAAUAUUAUAACUAGUAGCUGGUAAGAAUAUGUAAAUAAUUGUGGAAAAGAUGUUUAUUUAAGUAAUGAACUUCGCGCAAAGAGCAAUUUUAACAAAGUUUAUUUAUAAAAUAUUGUUAAAUGGCAAGGAGUCUUUAUGUCAUUUUUAAACAAACCUCCUAAAUUUAUGAAUUCUAAUCAAUUCUAUUUUAUAAAAGUGAAAAUGGAACCUUCUGACUCUGCAAUAGGAAGCCCUGAUUUGGCUUUAAAAGUAGAAUACUUAAUACAUUAAUAAUAUUAAGAUACUUUAAAUUAAAUUACUGAAGGUGAUAUUAUUUUAUUCAAGGGUAAAUUUAUUAUUAUGGGAGAUGAGUUUAAUGAGCAUGUUUUAGACUUAGACCAUAUAGAAAACACUGAUAAGAAAAAAAAUUGGAAGAUAUAAAAUACAUUGAUGGUUAAUAUGAUGAAAAAGAUAAAAAUGAUAAAAAUGAUAAAACGUUAAAUUUUAUUAUUUAAAAACGACUGCUUUGGUUUUUCAGGUUUUAUCUAUUAUUGA